AUGUUUGGCAAAGAUGUUGCUUUUGGUGUGGAUAUUGUCACCCGAACUGAACAACAUCGCUUCUAUAUUGACGCACUAAAACCAGCUAAGUUGAGGUGCCAUGUUGCUCCAAUGCUUCAGGAAGUGGAAAAAUACUUUGCAAAAUGGGGACAGUAUGGUACCGUUGAUCUAAAGCAGGAACUGGAGCAGUUACUCAUGCUGAUCUCAGCACGCUGCCUACUAGGGAAAGAGGUUCGGGAGAAUAUGUUCGAUGAGGUUUUCUCCGGAUUCCAUGAACUCACAGAAAACAGCUUGCAGCUAAUCAGCUUACUAUUUCCAUAUGCCCCAACGCCGAUGACUCGACGGCGCGAUAGGGCGUGUACUAUGCUCUCAAGCAAUUUCACUCAGAUUAUUCGAUUGCGUAAGAGCUCCAACAGAGUUGAGGAGGACGUUUUACAGAACCUGAUGGACUCCAAAUACAAGGAUGGACGCCCCACAACUGAAGCUGAGGUUACUGGGCUCAUAAUUGCCAUCCUCUUCGCUGGAAAGCACACAAGCACGACCAGCAGCACGUGGACUGGAGCUCGCCUUCUAAGCCACAAAGAGUGCUUGGAGGCUGCCCUUGAGGAGCAGCAGAAAAUCCUCAAGAAAUAUGGGGACAACAUAGACUACGAUAUCCUUCUGGAGAUGAGCUUCCUACACUGUUGCAUCAAGGAGGCACUACGGAUGCACCCUACAGCACCAAUGUUUCUUCGCAAGGUGCACAAGAACUUUACCGUACGGACUAGAGAAGGCUAUGAGUACGAGAUUCCAAGUGGGCAUACCAUAGCAAGCCCUUUGGUCAUAAACCACAACAUUCCAUACAUUUACAAGGACCCUAAUGUGUAUGACCCACACCGGUUUGGUCAUGGAAGGGAGGAAGACAGAGUUGGUGGAAAGUUCACUUACAAUGCGUUCAGUGGUGGAAGACAUGCUUGCCCGGGGGAAGCUUAUGCCUAUAUGCAAGUGAAGGUGAUAUGGAGCCAUUUGCUAAGGAACUUUGAGCUCAAGUUGGUGUCAUCAUUCCCCGAGACCAAUUGGCUAAAGCUUUCCCCAGAACCUAGAGGGAAAGUGGAGGUCAGUUACAAAAGACGGAUGCUAUCUAGGAGCAUCUUGGAAAACUUAUGAUUACUUUUGUAUGAAAUGUUUUAUAUGUGCAUGCUUGUGUAAUAAACAAGUUUGUAUGCCCACACUCGUUGUACACUGAGGAAGGGAUCUUCAAAGUCUCAUACAAAUAUAAAAUGAAA